GUCCGAGCUAAGAAGGUCAAAGUUCAGCCGCUAGCGGGACUGCCCGUGAAAAAGAUGCGGUGGUUCACUGAAGGAGUAAGUAUCAACUCAUCUAUCAUCCUGCACUAAUGCGCAGUGUGUGUGACUCUGUGUACCGUUGGCGUAGCGGCGCGGCUAUAGUGUGGACGUGUGUCCUAUCGUGUCCUGCACUGGUUCUCUAUCAACUACUGGCUCUGUGUAAUCCCCUCCAUCCAUUUACAUGGAUACAAGACUGGCUGAGUAGUGUCCUCUCUGCGAGAAGUUUCGUGUUUGCCUGUCUCUAUCUCCUCACACUCUCCAACACUCUAGUCAUAUAUUCUACCACAUGCGCUGUUGUUCUUCCAGUGUACAAGACUCGGUUAUCCGUCAUUUGGGGUGUUUUGAGACCGCCGCGGCUCCUGGUCGUUGCUAGCUAUGCGUUGCUAGGGGGUGGAGCUUCAUACUGCCUGGCGGAGCUGGCCGGCUACCAUUACCUAUGGUCCCCUCACCAGAGCUGUCGGUACUGUCUGAAUGAGUAUCUGUUCUUCCAUGCUGCUCAUGGAGCUUUCAUUGGACUGAGGUAUGGAGUGAGGUACUAUCUUCUGAAGGAGAGUUUCAUGGUGUUUCCCAGCAUCCAGCAACACAAGCUGUUCAGACUGCGAGGUCAUGUGACUAGUCAUGUGAGAGAGGCCCUGACCAGGACACUAGGGGGGUUGAGGUAUUUUUACCCCCUCUACUUCCUUCUGGGCUACUACCCUCGAAAUAGGGUCAUAAGACUGCUGGGACUACAACUGAGGGACGACGUUCGGCUGACAUCUCUCUCCUCUCUGAUGGACCUGGGUCUGUUUACCUCACUUCUCGUUGCCGGGACGACGAUACAUGUGGGGUGGAGCUUCGGACUCAGAAUAUUCAGAACUUUUCAAACGCAGGCGGUUCAGUUCCCGGUGGUGGCUACGUUCUCGGGAGAUAGAGACAGAACUCUGGCAGUGUCCCUCACAUCACGAGCCAGUCCUCUAGUCAGAUGUCUAGGGUUCCUGGAUCUCCACCAGUUGGCCCUGCACUCACACUCCCGUAGAGCAGAGGUGUUCAGCCUCGAUGUGGAUGGGAACCCGGAGGUGUGGGAGGUCGUCAGUAGAGAAUGCCUGGCUCUGGUCCACGACCUCGCGUCCAGACUCACCGCCAAGGAGGGCGGAGUCUCCACAGCCGGCCCCGCCUCUUCUUCUUCCCCGCCCCCUCCUCGCGCCUCGCCCAGCAGCUCCAUCUCCUACCUCCUUACUCAACGGAGGGUCUCCAGCGAUGUCCUCGGAGAAGGGUUGGCACGAGCUGCCGGCAGGUGUUCUGGCUCCUCCUGGAGUGUCUCGCAGGAUGGCCAGCAGCGAGAAGACUCGACUGUGGUCCUACUCUCCUCCAGGUUUGGUUGAGACUCAGACCACGCCCCCAGCUCCGCCCAAGCCACACCCACGUCUGGUGGAGGUGAAGAAGAGAACGGGAGACAAUCUGACGUCACUUCUGAAGAGGACCCGCGACAAUCUGAGGAACACUCCUUUCUUUACAUUACUUUCUUUCAGAGUUUCCAGGAGCAAAGAGUCAGGAGCUUUUCUUUGAUUCGAAGCUUCAAGUCUGGGCCAUUACAGGUAUCUCGCAGCUGGCAGUGACCUCAUACACAGAGGACCAGUAUGGAGUGGUCCAGAGAACCCUGCCACACAUUCUCAGCACUCUCAUUGUACUCUCCAAGGAGAUGAACAGACACGUGAAGGCUCCACUCAGUAAUGCCAAGAGCACUCGAGAUGCCAGACUGGCUCUGGAGAUGAACGGGAAAUUUGCCGUAAAAACAGCUGUUCAGACGUCACUACACAGUCUAGCUGUCACAUUCACCAAAGAAAUGAGGUCACUGCAAUUGACUGAGGAACAGGUCACAUACUGGAACCAGUUUAUGGGAACGAGACAGGAACACACCAAAAGAUAGUCUGAGGUGUUGAAAACAGCCAAAAACUUGUCACUGAUUUUGUCCGCUUUUGAUUUGUGUAUAAUUGAACAUUUAGUCCUGUCUGAAAAGUAAAACAGCAAAAGAAAUAUAAUAUAUGUAGCAUAAGAGUUUCUGAGAAAUCCGUUAGACACAUCUUGGUCCCACCGUGCACAGUUUGUCCUGAUGUAGUAGCAUACUAUGCUAGCAGUUUCUUGCGGGUGUCCUGCAUUCGAGCAGUGAGGACUUGGGAGUCGGUGUUCUUGUUGAUCUUUACGAAGCGUCUCUUGCGAACCUCCACCACACUGAGCCACCCACCAAGACUCUCCCUCAUGAACUCCAGGUGCUCCUCCACUCCGUCUGCGAGAGAGAGAGAGAG